AAGGUAACACCUUGCCGAUCUCCCUUUCGUCGUUGUUUUCUUGUUCUUUCCUGUUCAUCUCAUCCUGUUUCUACUAUUUUUCCACUUGCACACCCGUCUCCCUUAUCACAGCCAUGGCAGACACCACAGCUCACGUAGCGCAAAACGGCGACCACCACACGAAGCACCUCCGCGACCUGCAAAACCGCAUCGAGCAGCUCGAAGGCCUCCGCAACGUCACCACCCACGAAGGUUUCUACGAGAAACUCGCGGCCGGCGAGCGAGCCAGCACAAGCAGCGGCUCCGAUGGCACAAUCCAACACUACAUCCCCGUGCCCAUCACCAUCAAGUCGCAGAUCGGCAGUCCCACCGCGCUCGCCAUUGGCGCCUUCGCGACGACGCUGACCACGCUCUCGCUCGCGCUCAUGGGGUUUCGCGGGGUCAGCACCACCAAUGCAUUCAUUGGCGACUUCUUCGGUGUCGCGGGAAUUGGCAUGUUCGUCUCUGCGCAAUGGGAGAUUGUGCGAGGGAAUACCUACGCCUACACCGUCCUGGCUGCUUUUGGCUUGUUCUAUGCUGGAUUCGGCUUCAUAAUCACGCCCUUCUUUGGCGUUGCAGCCGCGUACGGAGGCGCUGAUUCGCCGGAGUACCUCAACGCAGUCGGCUUCUUCGUUCUGAUGUGGGCCGUCUUGAACAUCUUCUUCCUCAUAGGAAGUCUGCCGCUCAACUUGGUGUACAUCGGCAUCUUCUUCACCGUGCAAAUGGCCUUCACCCUCGUCGCUGCGGGCUACUUCGUCGCUGCUGAUGGCAACGCGGCAUCGGCCAAGGCGAUUAAUAUCUCUGCGGGUGCUUUCGCUUUCGCCUCGGGCAUGCUGGGCUUCUAUACGAUGGGCAACCUGAUGUGCCAGGAGGCGUUGAACUUUAGCUUCCCCUUGGGAGAUACCAGCCAUUUGUUCCGCAAGAAGGUGUCGGCGGAGGCUGGAGCGAACUAGGAGGUGGACAUAUGGAGGUGGUGAUUCUGGGCUUUGGAGGACUUUUUUAUACGCUUACCGAGAGGAUAGAGUAGAGUCAGGUGAUGGAAUAAUACCCCGUGAAUACAAUUAGACUAGAAGGCGAUAGAAUUAGAUUGUACA